GGAAGCGGUCAAAUCCAGUUAUGGCAGUUCUUGCUAGAGUUACUUUCUAGCCAAGAAAACUGCGGUUGCAUAUCAUGGGAAGGUACGAAUGGAGAGUUCAAAUUGGUGGACCCGGACGAAGUUGCACGGCGAUGGGGCGAGAGGAAAAGCAAACCCAACAUGAAUUACGAUAAACUAAGCAGGGCCUUGAGAUACUACUACGACAAAAACAUAAUGACGAAAGUUCACGGGAAGAGGUACGCCUACAAAUUCGACUUCGUCGGUCUGGCCCAAGCCAUGCAACCA